GAGAGAGCGACUCUUUAAAAAAUAUAUUUGCACGUUUUUCAGUGAAGGUGCGUAAAAUGGGGGAUCGUGCGAGACCAAGAUGGCAGCGAAAGGGAGGCGAAAACGAUCGAUAAGUUGACAGGAGGAUGAAGAAGCGAUCAGGUUUGCCUGGCGUUCGUCUAAUCGCGUAUUCGGUCAAUAUUUAACGCGUUCGCGUUCGUGUCGCGCGUGCUUUCCCUCUCUCCCUUAAACUCGAAUCGAAAAGCUUCGGUACGACGCUACCAGGCGGCAGCCGGCCCGAAUCCCGUCGACACACCUUGGCAGCGCACCUGUGUCAAGCCGCGCGCCGCGCUCUCUCGCCACCUUCGCUCUCGAAUCGUAACCGCGUCUGCGAGUCGAUCGUCGACCGUCGACGCGACACAAAUCGCAUAUUCACGUUCCUCGAUAUCGUGGCCAAAAAAACCUGAAUCCUACGGAAAUCAUCACGUUCGAUGCGAAACGAUUCACCUUGUUCUCCUGCCACGAUUGUAGAGGGGGAUUGUGCAGUGCGCGUCGAAUUAUCACAGACUGGACAACGUGUCAGGAUCGAAAUCGUCGACCACAACGGAUUUUUCGCUCGUCACCCUUCGAAGAUCGUGAUGAAGGAGACAUUGAUGAAGCAAGAGAUCAAGCGCGAAUGGGAGGAAAACAACGUGGACGAAGAUUCGCCCAGGAUGACCAUGGUUGGAGCAAAUCCGGAUGAACAAUCCGUCGAGAAUCCCCGGACGGUGAUCACAGCGAGAAGACACGUGCGCACCAUCACCACGGCUGGUCAUAUAACCGAGACAGUGGUUGAUCCGGAACCAGACUCACCCGAUAAUCUCCAAUCGCAACGGCAACAGCAGCAUCACCGAUCGAUGGAUGAACAAGGACAGCAAACUCAAUCGCGCACGUUUCAAGAGGAGCAAGAUCAGGCAUGCAAACAAAAUUCGCAGAGUUAUGUGCAAAUUUCUCACACCGAAGCGGAAAUUCAACAACAGGAUCGUUCUCGAGAGCAACGAAUAGUUUAUUUGACGAGCAAUGGACAAGAAGUGCGAGUCGUAGCAGAAGCGGUAGAUCCGUCUACGUUGACGGUAAAAGAGACGGUUAGGUAUGAGACAUCAGAAUCCGAUGGGACAGAUGCGGAUCGCAUGUACGCUUAUCCGGCGGAUGGCCAACAACAAUUGCAAAGAGAGAAUCAUGGGGUCGCUGUUCAAGCGCAGGAAAGGCGAGUCGUCCAAUCGGCCAAUCAUCAAAGAUAUAGUCCACGAGAAACUAACCAAUCCGGUGGUGGAAAUGGAUCAACCGGUAGAUCCUAUCAUCAAGGCUCACCAGUCCUAGUUCCAACUAGGGAGGAGUACGAGGGUGGCGCCCCCAUAGUUUCUCAUGCAGGGACAACCGUUACCGUGCGACUCGAUUCGCCCACAGCGCCCUCUUAUUCUCCGCCAAUGAAUGACAUCGGUAUUCGAACGAGUGCUGGACUUCAACAAUCAACUGGUCAGCAUCAUCAACAUCAACUUGUCACAGGAUACGUGAACGCUGCAGGAGUAAAUAUCAAGUACGAAACACCGGAAACAUCAAACGCCGCAGUAGUAGCAGCGGCUGCUGCUGCGAUUCCAGUCGACAACAUCAAAGUAUCGAACACGUACACUACUCUCGAAACGGUGCCGAUUCCUCCCACGCAAGCUGUUCAAUAUCCUCAGUAUAUAUCCGGUAGUGACACGUUUCAACAAGCUCCAACUUAUACUUAUACGAAACCAGGGGAACAAGUGAUUUUGACGUAUCCGUCACCGGUUCAGUUGCCCUCGCGCGUUCCUGGGGUAGAGUCAGGGAGCACGUAUAUGAAAGGCGACCCAACGUUAGCAUCUUCGUUGGGAAGUACGCGUGGAGUAGCAUCUCUGCAUUACGAACAACCAGGAUCUCCAGGAUCUCAAAUGACGUUGUACGGAAGCGGGACUAGUGCGUAUCCAUAUGCCAAAGCGACUCCUUCAGCCGAAUAUUGGUCGACAGCAGGAACUCCGUCUCCACCUACGUUCGAUUGCGUCCAGGGAUACCAAACGGCAAUUUCCGUCGGCGAUACUAAUAUACUCUAUUCUGGCGGUGUAUACAGCGUGUCAACUGGAAACACUACGUCUUCGUGGUCUAACAAUUUAUCGCUAUCCAGUACCGAGGAGAAUUUGGACGGAAUGAUCAUGACUGUGGAUCCUAAAGAGUGUUCUAAUUGCGCAAUUUUGACUACUGUAUUGAGGAGGGACGAAGCUGGGAAUUACUUGUGCCAAAGUUGCGCCUAUACAACAAACAAGAUGAACGGUAUAAACAGAGCGUCCAUUAAAUGCGGCAAACCGAAGCAAGCUGUCGCCACGGCGGGUGUUCGAAGAACCGGUGUUCAAUGCGCGAAUUGCAGGACGAGCAAUACAACUUUAUGGCGGCGAAAUAACAACGGUGAGCCGGUGUGCAAUGCAUGCGGUCUCUACUACAAACUACACAACGUGAACAGGCCGCUCAGCAUGAAGAAAGAGGGAAUACAGACGAGGAAAAGAAAACCAAAAAAUAAUUCGGGAAUAAGUGGAAAUUUGGCAGGACCAAGCGGCAUGCACAAGACCGAGAUUAAGUCUGGCUUACUCGUGAACUCGAUGCAGUUGAACAUGUACGGGAGUGGUGGUAGUGGUAACGGGGGUGGGAUAGGGACCAAUGCAGAGAUGAGACAAGAGACCGAGAGCGAGACAACCGCUAGCACAGGUACGAAUGCAGGGAACCGGGGCGAGAAUGAGACCGCAAACGGUAACGCGUUGGGAGGGAACGAAGGAUCGGACGAGCGUCCACUCGUAGGUACACCGAGUACGGGAGAAUCGGGUCAUGCGCACUCGCCUCUCGCUUUACCCACUACCGCCGCGCUCAAUCGACAGACCACCCUCAUCGUGCCACCGCUAGAGCCAAUCGUUAGUCAAGCUAAUAACGACAUUUUCACGGUUAUAACCACUACCACGGCUAUCAAUGUCGAGAGAACGUAACGAGGACAAAGAAAGAAAUUGCGGUAAAAAAAUAUUUUCGAGUGUACCGAUGUGUAAAAUUAGCACCAACAACAAUGGAAUGCGAGCGCCAUUCUUGCUCGUAUGGUAACUAGAAGAACAUCCUGCAAAUCGACUGACUUUUUUACCGACAAAGAUUUCUUAGCCAACUACGAACGUCGACAAUUCAUCGCUCAGCCUGGAUAUCUUCUCACGUCACAUCGAGAGGGGAUCGAUGUUAUUCCAACAUCGAUCUCGAAUUAUCUAAACGAGAAAUGGUAUCGAUUAGCUAUUGCUAUUAUACUAUUGCCGUUCCUGCUCCUAUCUUCCUUUUUCUCUGUCCAUGAUUUCUUUUUAUUUAUUUGUAUUAUUUUUAAAAUAAUUAUUGAAAUCGAAUUGGUUGCGAUUUAAAUUACGUCAAUUAGAUUUGAUUUCCAACGCACAAACUAAGCGCAAUUUUAUCGAUUAAUAAUUCCGUUUUAUCGACUGCAAACGAUUAUACCGACGGAUAUGGUGUUGCAAUUCCAUCGUACAAUGUCGCCCUCUAUAAGAGAAAAAACGAAGCAUGUUCUUUCCAAUGUUUGUCACUGUUCAUCUCUGAAGAUACUCGACCUUUCGCCGAUCCAUUAACUCUUUCACCUCGUAUACCUUUGUUCUCACCCUAUAUCCGAGUCCUACAAAAAUUUUACCGCGCAUUUCGUUGUAAAUACACGACGUGUAAUCAACCAAAGUUGCCUUCCUUCGCGUACACCUACGUAUACACGCGAUGCAUAUGCAAUAUUUGCAAGCAAAUAUACAUGUGUAAUAUAAAAUACGAUGCAUCGCGUAUUUGUGAAAGAAACGAGUACACGUAGGUGUGUAGCGAGGCGAAUUCUCGCAAAGAAUAAUGUAAGUACGCGCGAAACGAAAACAACAAGAUAAUAAAUAAUAAAUAAUUGAACGCUAAAAAAAAGUAAAACGAAAUAAUAUUUAUUUGCUGGCGCAUUGUCCGUUGAGAAAUACGCAAAUUCGACGAUACGCACAACACGAAUAGGAAAUAAUUUGAAUCGAUUCGAUGCGUUGUAAGAUCGUUAC